AUGGACAUCCAACACGCACUGCGACAACUGGGCAUUGGCGAGGAGGAUAUGGCAGCCGCCCUGUCAAAACUUGCCAUCCAAGUGUACUUGUCGUACGAACGUACAAACAGCAGGAGCGACAUCGACCUGGCCGUUGUCAGUGCGCAGGCAGCCGUGGAUUUGACACAAGAAGACGAUCCUGACAAACUCGGUCGGAUCAAUAACUUGGGGGUUAUGGUCGCGAGUCGAUAUGAACGCACUGGAGCCAUGGGCGACCUGGAGGAGACAAUUGGCGUGGCUCGACGAGCAGUGGCCGCCACGCCCGACGACCACCCGGACCACGCAGCCUGCUUGAAUAACCUCGGAAACCUGCUUCAGCCAGUGGCCGCCACGCCGGACGAGCACCCCAACCGCGCAGGGAGUCGGUAUGAACGCACUGGAGCCAUGGGCGACCUCGAUAACGCCUGUAUUUGUCUCCAACAGGCUUGGGACACCGAUACAGCCGUGCCAUUUCAUCGUGUCCAGGCUGCUGCUCGCUGUAUUAAGCUCCUUGCCGUCCGAGGUAAUAUCAGUGUUGCCACGCAGCUUGGCCAAGACGUCAUUCAUCUGCUGCCCACCCUGAAUACAAAGCUCCUUGACCGUAAUGACCAACAGCACGUCGUCUCGACAUUUGCAGGCGUGGCUGCAGAUCUAUGCUCGCUGCAUCUGGCAUCGAACCGAGUCGAUGAUGCUCUACAAUACUUGGAAAAGGGCCGCGCUGUUAUUCUAAGUCAGCUCAUCGAUAGUCGAGGCAGCGUGUCCGAUCUAGCACGGAAUCAUCCAGACGUCGCUCGCCGGUACAAUGAGCUCCGCGACGAAGUCAACGCCCCUUUACGCAUCCUGGAACAGGAUGCCUGGAGAGAGCAACUCCUAGAGCGACGUCGCCAAUCCGUCUUGGACUUCAAUGUCUGCAUAGAACAGAUCAGAUCCCUUCCAGGCUAUGAACGAUUUCUUCUCGGGCAGACGAUAGCCGAAAUGCAAGAAUGCGCGGCAGGAGGCAGUAUUGUGGUUGUUAAUAUUACCGAGUUCCGGAGCGACGCAAUUAUCAUAACGCCAGCGGUCGUCAAGGCAGUAAACCUCUCCAAUUUAUCAACAUCUGAGGCGGAGACCUGGCUGAGCAAGGACUGGAGGGGGCGUAGAGCUGAGCGUGCAGCUAAAAACCGGGACUAUUUGGCGUACUUGGCUUGGCUUUGGAAGUCCUGUGUUGAACAGAUCCUCGAUGAGGUGCGCGCUCUCAUAGAUCUGUCUGCAAAUGGCCUCCUAAGAGUGUGGUGGAUCGGAAGUGGCAUGGCCGGCUCGAUGCCAUUCCAUGCCGCCGGAAUACACCGCACAGGCUCGACCGAGACGGCCUACCACAGGGCGGUAUCGUCAUACGCGCCGUCAAUCAAAGCGCUUGCUCACGCCGGCAAAAGAGCGAAGGAGACAGAGGCCACACACGGCUCGCUCUUGGCCGUUUCCAUGCUGACAACGCCGGCCGAAAAGGACCGAAAGCCACCGCCGAGUCUUCCUGGCGCGACCUUGGAGAAGGACAAAGUGUUGGAGGUCACCAAGGGACGCCUCCCAGUACGUCAUCUGGCGCAACCCAGCGUCGACCAGGUACUUGAAGAGCUGGGACACUGCUCUGUUGUACAUUUUGCAUGCCAUGGAUUGACAGACCAUAUGGAUCCGUCUCAAAGUGGACUGAUAUUGCAGAGGCAAGGCGAAGAGCAAACAGAAAGCGGUGACGGCGCUGGUCCAGUACAGGAUAGGCUCACGGUCGCAAGGAUCUCGGAAUUGAGCCUUCGGCAGGCGCGGCUCGCGUACCUGUCGGCCUGCUCGACGGCAGAAAACAGGGCGAAGCGGCUGUCAGACGAAGUGAUCCACGUGGUGAGCGGCUUCCUAGUAGCCGGCUUUCCGCACGUCGUCGGUUGCCUCUGGCCAUCGAAUGACGGGGUCUGCGUGGAGAUGGCGGGCGGGUUCUACUCGUCGCUCUUUGAGCAAGGGGGGUCGCGGUGGCAGGACGGACAGAUGGCGGCGGCGUUGAGGGAGGCAGUAAUGGGGGUUAGAGUGGGCGACAUGGCGAUGCCGCUUAACUGGGCACAGUUUGUUCAUUAUGGACCGUAA